AUGUCGGCAGCAGCGCUAAUCCAGGAACAGGAGCUUCAGCUGCGUGCUCAGUCGUACUAUCCGGAAAACGUUGCUCACAAUGCCAAGCAGGUAGAAUAUGUGCGGUCGACAGCGCUGUCGGUAGCGGGCGGAGUGGCGGGCGUGUUAGGCAUGACCAACUGGCUCGGCUUUGGAUUCUACGUCGUCUCUGUGCUGUUGACCAACCUGAUUGUGUUGGGCAUCAACGCCAACGUCACUCCCAGCAAAUUUUUCAUUUCACCAUCACCUCCCGCCAAGCCUCUCACCUCCUCGCCAUCCAGCAACACCGCCACAACUGCGGCAAGCAAAACCACAAAAGUCAAGUCGGCAGGCAGCGCAAAGCAAGCGUUGUCGAUCGACCCAAGAAGCGGCAGCUUCUCUCCCAAGGAUGUCGCGGGGUUCCUGGUGAACGGCCUGACAGAGAACGCGUUCAGCUUCAUCCUCUGGUGGACGUUUUGGUUUGGUAUCGUUCACGUGUACGACUAG